GUGGUUAGCAGUGCUGCCUCACAGCACCAGGGACCUGGUUUCGAUUCUACCCUCGGGCAACUGUCUGUGUGGAGUUUCCAUGCUGUCCCCACGUCUGCGCAAGAAGACAAGAGAUGCAGUCACCCAAGUCUCGGCAACCAGACUUAGUUCUUCAUGUGCCAAUGAGAAAACAGCAGUCCCAUGGUCGGAUGUAUUCUGCUCCAAUGUAAAUAAGUUCAAACAGAAGAACGUGUCCCAUAUAAAUUAGUAAGUGCAACUGUUGAAGCAAUGCAAGGUUCAGAGGACGAACCCCACGCUGCCAAUCCACAUUUAGGUAGUUACUUCGUGAAGCACCAACAAGCAAAUACUAAUAACUUCAGGAAAGAGGUAGCCUCCCUCCAGUUGUCCGAGGAGAGCCACCAAAUGCCCGCCCUCGAGUUGGAUCAAGGCCUGGGGCUGGCUGCAACUUUGUGUGAGGACAGACCACGAGACAGCCCCGACUCCAGGGCAGCCAAGCUCAGGACUCCCCGGAUUGCUAACUCCUGCCCCACUUCGGGAACGGGCUGCAACUCGGAAGGCUGCCAAAGCCGGGCGGUGUUUCCACGCACGGAGCCCCCUGAGCCCUGCCUACGACACAGACAUCAACACCAGCACCAUCAUGACCACCAUCACCGGGCUCGCAGCGUCUCCUUUUGCGAUGUGCCCCUCGAGUGGCCGGUCACUCAUUCAAACAAGAGCCUGAGGUCAACCCAGUGCCCGUCAAAAAGUGUUGCGGAGGGUCACUCCGAAUCCUGCCAGCCUGGCAACCCCUGUAGCUCAGUGAGGCAAGCUAAAGUUUCUCAUUCCCAUUCCAUCUCUCUACCAGUCAGCCUGGUGAAACCAGCCCAGCCUCUCAGUCCCCACAGGCAAAACAAAGCAGCACACUGUCGCUUCAGCCCGGACGCUGCCCGGUGUGCAAAUGUCCCAUCACACUCUAGCCCUUGCCCAGUAACACGCACAGUCCCACCUCAUUCCUACCACUCUAUGUCUAGACACAUUGAUGCCUCUCGAACUAGCCCCGUUCCAGUGCGGCAUGCGGAAACGCCUCCGGUCCCCUUUAGCCCCGCUGCUGGUCGAUACCCCGAGCCAACCCACUCUUGUUUGACCCCGGACACUGCGCGGUGCCCCAACAUGCUGCACUCUCACUCUGGCCCUGCCCCGUUGAGGCAUGAGCAAACACUUCAGCCUCAUGUCAGUCCUCCCCCGGUCCACUGCGCCAACAAAUCCCACUGUCACUCUAACUCUGGGAGCCCGAGGCUGUGCCGCUCCCAUCUCAGCCCCGACUCUGCCAGGUGCGCAAACACGUCCCAUUCUCACUCCAUGCCCACCCGGAUAAAGCACACAGAAACUCCCGGCAUCCCCCCCAGCCCUUGCCCCAAAAAGCACAGCCAGCACCCCCGGUGCCACUUUCCCCGAGAUUCGGUGCCAUGUGCCAACGCCUCGCAUUUUCAGUCGGACUUCUGCCCGACCAGUCUCUAUGAACCACCUCAGUCUCCCGCAAUCCCGGGUCCGGUAAGGCACACUGCCAUACCUCACUCCCAACCUGUCUCAACCUCGGCAAGGUGUGCAAACACCUCCCACUCCCACUCAGCACCAGCUCUGACCAAGAGAAUGCCAGCGCACCAAUCCAAUCUCAGUCAGGACGCAGCCAAACAAACGCAGAGGCCCCAGACUGCCUUCAGCCUGAUUCCAAUAGGAGGUGCUAAAAGUGGUGAUGGUCAAGUACGCUAACAGAAUCCAUCGCCCAGUGCUGAACUCUUUGGAAAACCUGAUUUCAAAGAUGCCAAACUGGUCCAGUCUCACACAUCUGUAUCAUCCUAUCCUCAACCUGAACACAACUUGUCGCGCAAUUUGUCUCAUGCACUUUUAUUAGUGACCUUCCAAAUCCAGAGAUUUGGCUUUGGGUCAACUUGGGAUUUGGAGGUCAGUGAGAAUUGAUGAGUAGAGAGGUGACCCUGCUGAUCUUCAAUUGCUUCACCGGCUGAAAGCUUAGCCUUUCAAACUUUUUUUUUCCAACACCAGAGUUUUCAUUACCUUUGCAGUCUUAUUGCCUGUCAAAAGAAAAUUGGAGAUGAUUCUACCUCUUUAAAACCCCA